UGAAAAUGUUCAUGUUGUGAUUUUAGGUCGAGAAGGAAGGGAUCGAAAUGGCGACUGAAACUGCCUCGUCAGUCGAGGCAUGUGUGGAAGAUGUUCCUGCUGCAAACAAAGCUGGUGAACCUUACUGUGUGGAGAUUUUACUGAUAAUCAAGGAUAGUCAAGCUCAGCAUGGACUUCGUCAUAAUGACUAUUCUCGAUACAGGGCUUACUGUGCGCGGCGUAUUCACCGCAUACGCAAAUCACUUCACUUUCAACAUGGCCACAAGAGCCGUUACAAUCCCAAGAAGAUAACCGUGGAGAAAGUCACGGAUGUCAGAUACUUGCACCUUGUCCUGAUGUCAGCGGAGCGAGCUUGGGCCUAUGCCAUGGAGCUCCGGCCACAGAGCAACACGGAGCCGCGCAAGCACUUCUCCUUGCUGAAGAAGCUGCGUAGAGCCGAGCAGUAUGCUGUUGAGCUGGAGGAACUGUGUAGUGCGUGUCCGCAGGCCGACGCUCGAACGAAGCUGGAAGCCCAGGCGUACUCGGCGUGGAUUCAUGGCACGCGCCAGUUUGAGCUCAAGGACUACAAGAAUGCCCUGAGUUCUUUUCGGACAACAAGAACGAUCUAUGAGCGCUUGUCUGAAGCUCUUGUUGAUGAGGAGCAGCGACGCACCUAUCAAGCUCGGGCGCAGGAAGUGGAGCCCAACAUUCAGUACUGCGCGUACCAGAUUGGUCAGAUGCAAGGCACCACAGAUAUCAAGAAGCUCAUGGAGCUGAGAAAGCAGGCGGCCAUGAUGUCCGGAACGCAAGAAUUCCUAGCGGCGGAAAUCGACAAUGCUCUCUCUCAAGUGCGCGAGAAGCAAGCGACCAAGCUGCAGGAGGUCAGCUGGCACGGUGCCAUGGUGCCCGUGCGCAACGAGAAGGUACGCGUCUUCCUCAUCCACGUCCAGGACAGCAAGGGCGAGGCGGAGCGUGCCGAGACGCACGAGGCGGUCAUGGAGCUCUAUGACAACAUCCUCUCUGAGUGCCAGCAGGCCGCUCACAGUCUGCAGGAAGACCUCAAGGUCGAGAACGCUAACAAACGUCGCAGUGAAACCAUCAUCAGCCAGCUGCAGCAGCUCCUGGCGUAUCUUUCGUUCACGAGACUGACCAAGACUGCUGAGCGCAAUCUGCUCAUGGCUCAACAUAUGUCGCAGCAGUUUGCGUUUGGCCCGCAGCUAACUGGCCGGGAAUCAUCUGCCAAGGCAGCGGCUGCAAGUGCUGCAGUGGCCAGUGCGCCUCCUUCCAAAGCAGUUAAACCUGAGGAAGUUGUACGAGUAUACGAUCUUGUAUUGCAGAACGUAUCUGAUAUGCUGGAUCUUGGCGGUGUGGACGAGGACGAACAGCUGACGAGAGAGCUCUCGGCAUUACGCCUCUGCUUCCGCUCCUUUAGGUGUUUCUUUAGUGCUGAGGCAUAUGCAGCCACUCGUAGAUGGAAAGAGGCACUGGCGCUGUACGACCGAACGUCUCUACUGAUCAGCGAUGCUGAAUCGCAGCUCUCACAGUGCAGCCUGACUGUAUUAAAGGAGGAAGCAGCAGCUGCAGGUCGGUUAUCGGGCAUUGUUCGUGGGCGAUUAUGUGCCGCUCAAGCAUCGUAUAUUUUAGAUGUGGAAGCCGUCACAGAAAAGAUGGGUGGUCUUGACGUGGCCGACAAGCCUCUUCUCGAUCGUCUCGACAGCAUAGCAGCGGACAAGGGAUUGACCACAGGCCAACCAAACAUCAUCGCAUUCCCACCGGACUUUGAGGCGAUCGCUUGCAAGCCACUGUUCUUCGACCUCGCCCUGAAUCACAUCGAUUACCCUGACCUUGAUGAUCGUAUUGAAAAGCAGGCCGGUGGCCUUACGGGCUUUGUCAAGGGAUUGUUCUGGGGAGGCAAAUAGUUUAUUUUUCUACGCCCCCUGCACACACCCAGUUAUGUUACUUGCUAGUAUGCUCUUCAAAAUAUUCUUUAGCGACUUGCCGCUUGUUGUGUUCAUGCUCAUUGAAAGAAAAACAGAGCUUGCAUGCCCUGACCUGAGUGCAAAAUUUCAUCCCAAUAAUAAUAUUUUCCAUGAAACAUCAUGCCAUAAAAUCGUACAAUGUAUGUGUACACAUGCUACAUGUACAUCACUAACUCGACCUGGACCUACGGCUGAGCUUUUUGCACACUCACCACCUCAUCAUGUACAUAGCGUCUCUAUUAUUUUAGUAUUGCAUUGUUGAUGAAAUAAUUUCUCAGCGAGCUAGCUGAACAUUUUCAAAUGAUUUGGCUCUCACUCA